AUGGAUGUGGCGCCUCCCCCCCCGGCGCUGCCGGCGCUGCUGCGGGCGCUGCGGCUGCAGCCGGGGCUGCGGGUGCUGGCGCUGCGCGGCUGCGGGCUGGGGGCGGCGGCGGCACCGGAGCUGGCGGCGGCGGCGGCGGCGUUGCCGGCAUUGGCGCGUUUGGACCUGAGCGGGAACCGCUUGGGCCCGGCUGCGCUGCGGCUGCUGCGGCCCCCGCGCGGGAGAGACGGAGCCGGAUUCCAGCCUCGGCUUCCGCGGACAUCAGCUUCAUCCUCAGCUUCAUCAUCAUCCUCAUCUUCAUCCUCAUCUUCAUCCUCAUCUUCAUCCGCGUCUUCAUCCUCAUCUUCAUCCUCGUCUUCAUCCUCAGCUUCAGCUUCAUCUUCAUCCUCUUCUUCAUCUUCAUCCUCGUCUUCAUCUUCAUCCUCAGAUUCAUCUUCAUCAUCAUCCUCAUCUUCAUCCUCAGCUUCAUCUUCAUCCUCGUCUUCAUCUUCAUCCUCGUCUUCAUCCUCUUCAUCCUCAGCUUCAUCCUCAGCUUCAUCCUCAACUUCAUCCUUGUCCUCAUCCUCAGCUUCAUCCUUGUCUUCAUCCUCUUCAUCCUCAGCUUCAUCCUCAACUUCAUCUUCAUCCUCGUCUUCAUCCUCAUCCUCAUCUUCAUCGUCGUCUUCAUCCUCAUCUUCAUCCUCGUCUUCAUCCUCAUCCUCAUCUUCAUCCUCGUCUUCAUCCUUGUCUUCAUCCUCAUCCUCAUCUUCAUCCUCGUCUUCAUCCUCAUCUUCAUCCUCGUCUUCAUCCUCAGCUUCAGCUUCAUCUUCAUCCUCUUCUUCAUCUUCAUCCUCAGAUUCAUCUUCAUCAUCAUCCUCAUCUUCAUCCUCAGCUUCAGCUUCAUCUUCAUCCUCGUCUUCAUCUUCAUCCUCGUCUUCAUCCUCAUCUUCAUCCUCGUCUUCAUCCUCAGCUUCAGCUUCAUCUUCAUCCUCUUCUUCAUCUUCAUCCUCAGAUUCAUCUUCAUCAUCAUCCUCAUCUUCAUCCUCAGCUUCAGCUUCAUCUUCAUCCUCGUCUUCAUCUUCAUCCUCGUCUUCAUCCUCAUCUUCAUCCUCGUCUUCAUCCUCAGCUUCAGCUUCAUCUUCAUCCUCUUCUUCAUCUUCAUCCUCGUCUUCAUCUUCAUCCUCAUCUUCAUCCUCGUCUUCAUCCUCGUCUUCAUCCUCAGCUUCAUCCUUGUCCUCAUCCUCAGCUUCAUCCUCGUCCUCAUCCUCAGCUUCAUCCUCAUCUUCAUCCUCAUCUUCAUCCUCGUCUUCAUCCUCGUCUUCAUCCUCAUCUUUAUCUUCAUCCUCGUCUUCAUCUUCAUCCUCAUCCUCGUCUUCAUCCUCAUCUUCAUCCGCAACUUCAUCCUCAUCCUCGUCCUCAUCUUCAUCCUUGUCUUCAUCUUCAUCCUCGUCUUCAUCCUCGUCUUCAUCCUCAUCUUCAUCCUCCUCAUCUUCAUCCUCUUCAUCCUCAGCUUCAUCCCCAACUUCAUCUUCAUCCUCGUCUUCAUCCUCGUCUUCAUCCUCGUCUUCAUCCUCAUCCUCAUCUUCAUCCUCAGCUUCAUCCUCAGCUUCAUCCUCGUCUUCAUCCUCGUCUUCAUCCUCGUCUUCAUCCUCGUCCUCAUCUUCAUCCUCGUCUUCAUCCUCAUCUUCAUCCUCAUCUUCAUCCUCGUCUUCAUCCUCAUCUUCAUCCUCUUCUUCAUUCUCAUCUUCAUCCUCGUCUUCAUCCUCGUCCUCGUCUUCAUCCUCCUCUUCAUCCUUCUCUUCACCCUCGUCUUCAUCCUCAUCUUCAUCCUUAUCUUCAUCCUUAUCUUCAUCCUCGUCUUCAUCCUCAUCUUCAUCCUUCCCCUCCUCACCCCCGUCGCUGUCCCCGCAGAGCCUGGAGGAGCUGGACCUGAGCCUGAACCCGCUGGGUGACGGGAGCUGCGCGGCGCUGGCCGAGCUGCUGCGGUGCUGCCCGGCGCUGAGCACCCUGCGCCUGAGCGCCUGCGCCUUCGGGCCCGCCUUCACCCUCGACGGUGCCCCUCGCCUGCAGGUGCUCUCCGUGUCCCACAAUGCCCUGGGGCUGCCGGCGCUGGAGCGGCUCCUGAGCACCGCGGCCCGGCACCGCCUCACGAGCCUGCAGCUCGGCUCCGUCACUGGCACCAUCGGCACCACCGGUAACACCGGUACCAUCGGCACCACCGGUACCACCAGGACCACCGGUAACACCGGUACCAUCGGCACCACCGGUACCACCAGGACCACCGGCACCAUCGGUACCAUCGGCACCACCGGUACCACCAGGACCACCGGUACCAUCGGCACCACCGGUACCACCAGGACCACCGGCACCAUCAGUACCACCGGUACCAUCGGCACCACCGGUACCACCAGGACCACCGAGACUAUCGGUACCACCGGCAUCGGCAGAGCCAUCGGAGCCUUCCUGCGGCAGACAGGCAAUGGGUGA